CUUCUCUCCUCCUUUUCCUCGGAGAGGAGCAGCAGCGCGACAAGACGGGACGGACGACAGCACGGAGGCUGUCUUACCUUGGAUGUCCUUGGGAGAUUUUCUUCUUAUGUUCUUGUGGCCAAGAACCAAGCCUACUGAUGCACUGCGUGCAGCUACACGGACCGGGGAGGGACGAGAGAUACUACGAAGAUGUGCAGUGCAGAGCCGGAGGAGUCUAGUAUGCCGGAGGAGGAGAGGACAUGGAAGGUUGGCCUCUUAUUUGCCCUUGGGGAGGGCGCACGUGGGAGACUUGCGCUGAUGGCAGAGGAUGCUGUGCUUCGGAGAGAGGCAGUGGAUGAACUUGUUCGUCAUUGCUUGUUUAUCCCACCUCCCCCGUUGGAGGGGGAAGAUCAGGCGGAGGACCUGGUAGGCGCUAUGGGUAGCGGCUUUGGUGCAGCUUUGCUCUCGUGGGGUGAGAAGUACGGAGUUGAGAUACACGAUGGGGAUCCGGCGUGCAUGGAAGAGGAGCGGUGCGACGGUCACUUUUCGCGGCAGGAGGUGUUUGCACUGGGUAUAACACUGCAUGGAAUGGCGACGCGCUGGAGGUACACGGCUUCCUGGAUGGAUGAGAUGAUGUCGCGCUGCCUUCGGAUGAAGAGGUGUGAGGCGUGUUGGGCUUCCCUGGGACGGGUAGGUUCACGUAAUGUGCUUGCUCCCGAGGUUGCACACAUGGUGCGUGUGCACGCUUCCGAUCGAGAGAGAGGUAUGGUUCGCUGGGCGUCUAUGUUGCUGGUCUUGUGCGCUGCUGCGCGUGUCCUGGGGGACGAGAGAUUGUAUCAGAUGGCGGAUCGGGCAUUCCGCGGGUACUUCCCCUCGGAGGGAGCUCCUCAGUGGGGUUGCUGGUGACCAUACGUGGGCGUCGUCCCGGUGGGACUUGAAAACUGGUAGCAGAGCUGGCUUUCUGUGUUCUACACACUGGAGUUUGCUCCUGGGCUUUCCUCUUCACCGUGCCCGUGGCGUGAGGAGGGCUUUUGUUGCAGGUGGCAGCAGAGUUUGGACAACAGGGCUUGUAGUCCGGUGUCCUCGUGUAGGAGCCAUGUGGCGAUAGAGCAGUUGAUGCAGUGAUGAUAGCUAGACUUAUCAGCAGAAGAUCAGGGUGAUUACUAGAUGAACAGAGUGAAGUGUGGAACAACCAGCAAUGGAAUGCAAUGAAAUGAAAUGUAGAGUCGUGUGUUAGAGUAGAACAAAACACCAGAAAGUAUCACGAGAUGUGCUAAAC